GUGAGAACGAGGCAACAUUAGAGGCCCAAGAAAACAAUCAGCAAGAUGUUACCCUAACCAAAUAUCUACAUCCAAAGACCCCAGACACAGUUGAAAUGGCUGAGAGUAGAGAGGAACCACUGGGCCUGCCACAGAAUGGCCAGAUCCAGCCAGCAGAUGACUCUACUGAAGAACACACCAAGCAGCCAUCACAGAUAACUCUGCCCUGGGGAGGCAGUAAAGACAGGAUGGCAUUCCCACCAGCCUUUAACAUAGACACUGAUAUCCGUCCAGGAGAAUUUGUGAUGAGGACGUUGUUUGCUGAAUUCUUUGUUUUAGCGGAACAGAAAAUUGAAUUGGUCCUCACAGAGCCACUGGAAAGACCCCUGUCCAAGUCUUUACAGCGGAAAGAGGACACAGAGUUUGAUCAGCUGUUAAGCACAUUAGGCAAUGUGGCCGAGCACUGUCUUCCCUCUCUGCUGAGGACAUUGUACAAGUGGUUUGACAGGCAGUGUCCACCAGAUGGCUCUCUGCAACAUGAGCUCAAACAAAAGAUGAAAAGUAAAACGGCAGCGGACAGGACAGAAAGAGAAUACUUAUUGGAAAGAAGAGAGCUUGCUGUUGAUUUCCUUUACUGCUUAGUUCUCAUCGAGGUGUUGAAGCAGUUGCCGUUCCAUCCAGGUCAAGACGACCUGAUCACCCACCUUCUCCUGCAGGCAUUUAGGCAUUUUAAAUACAAAGACAUCCCAGCCAGUAGCCCCAAUGGGACCAAUGUGUCCACAAUAUCAGACUUGUAUGCAGAGGUGAUAGGGGUCCUAGCACAAUCCAGGUUCCAGGCAGUACGUAAGAAGUUCAUGUUGGAGCUGAAGGAACUGCGUAGUAAAGACCAAAGUCUUGCAGUUACACAGAGUGCCAUCAUCAGCCUUCUUAUGGGACUCAAGUUCUUCAGGGUCAAGAUGCAUCCAAUAGAGGAGUUUGAGGCUUGUGUUCACUUCCUUCAGGAGUUGGGCAAUUAUUUCCUUGAAGUUCGGGAGAAGGACAUCAAACAUGCGCUGGCAGGAUUGUUUGUGGAGAUUUUGCUGCCUGUUGCUUCUGUGGUCAAGCAUGAAGUCAACGUCCCUGUGCUGAAGAAUUUUGUAGAAAGUCUCUUCACCACUACUACAGAAAUGAGCACCAGGAAGAAACACCAGCUGGCCCUGUACCCCAUGUUAACGUGUUUACUUUGUGUGAGUCAGAAGUCAUUUUUCCUGGCCAACUGGUCUCCCUUCCUGACCAUGUGUUUGACACAGCUGAGGAACAGAGACCCUAAGAUGUCCAGAGUGGCACUGGAGUCACUCUACAGGCUCUUAUGGGUGUAUAUGAUCAGAAUCAAAUGUGAGAGUAACACGACCACGUUGAGUAAACUCCAGAGCAUCUCCAGCAGUUUGUUCCCAAAGGGGGGCAGGUCCCUCAUUCCAAAGGACACACCACUCAACAUCUUUGUCAAAAUUAUACAGUUUGUUGCACAGGAAAGGCUAGACUUUGCCAUGAGGGAAAUAGUCUUCGAUUUGCUGUGUGUUGGUAAGCCAAUCCGGGUCGUAAACCCGCAACGUAUGAGCGUGGGCCUCCGUGCCUUCCUGGUAGUGGCAGACAGUUUACAGCAAAAAGACGGGGAGCCUCCCAUGCCUCAGACCGUAGGGGUGAUGCCAUCUGGAAACACCCUGAGAGUCAAGAAGACUUUCUUGAAUAAGAUGUUGACUGAUGGAGUGGCCAAGACCAUAGGGAUGUCCAGUUAUUAUCCACAGAUAAGGAAGGCAUUUGAUGGGAUACUCAGGGUGCUGGACCGUGAAGUGGGCAGGAAUCUAGCCAUGACCAAACCUGAGAAUGUGAAUAAAGACCUGGAGGAGCUGAUGAUAGGAGAAAGGAAAGCUAAGAUUGAUCUAUUCCGUACCUGUGUAGCGGCCAUUCCUCGUCUGUUCCCUGAGGGCAUGCAGAAGUCUGAAGUUGUGGAUCUUCUUACACGACUCAUGAUUCAUGUUGAUGAGAAACUGAGAGAGUUGUCACUGCAAGCACUUCAGAACCUUGUACUGGACUUUCCAAGUUGGAGAGAAGAUGUUCUACAUGGCUUCAUUCAGUUUGUGCAGAAAGAGAUUGGUGACUCAUUCCCAGGUCAGCAGCAUUUGGACAACUUUCUCCGAGUCCUACUACAGUUCCUGACACAGUGGAAGACAGCCGCCCAGGCUCCCUUUGGUGCUAAACUGUCUGCCCACAAGCUUCCCUUUGACCGCAGCAGCCAUGCUAACGUGAUGAAUGAGAUUGAGGGGUUUGCCCUGGUCAUGCUGUGUAACUGUAAACCUCUGACACGUAAACUGGCAGCCUGUAUACUCAAGGAGGUCCGCACACUUUUCAGCAUCCUGGGUACAUCAAAGGUUGAUGACCCCUGUGUAAUAGAUGUCAUAGACAAGGCCAUGCCAAAUAUUAUAGAGAAACUGCUGCCCUAUCUGCCAUCACAGGAAAAGAACGCCAUCCAGUCAGCCUCCAAUAUUGACCUACAGUGGCUGUGCGAGAGAACAUCCGCCGUGUGGGUCGCAGGUUAUCACGAGCACAACAUCACCCUGGACACCAGUCGGUCAGGGGCGGUCACCAACGAGUUUGACCCCUGGGUGGUGUGUCUGGCCAAUUUCCUUGGUCAGGACUGCCUGUACACCAGCUGCCCCCAUGCUAUAGCCCAUGCCUGGCCCAUUGUGUACUACAGGCUACAGUCCUAUAUGGAUCCUAAUGUCAACCCCUCCAUAGUAAGUGACACCCGCUCGUCGUCCAUCUUGAGGUCCGGCAGUAAGAAGAUGGCCAGUGAGAAGGACCUGUACAAUAACCUGUGGAGGAACUAUGUGGUGUUUGCCUGCUGUAUAGCCCCAUCAGGACCAGGUGCCACACCCAGGUGCUCGUCUCCAGAACUCAGCUCAUCCCCUGAGAGUUCAUCCUCAGAGCGGUCAGAGCCACGUCCAGCAGGUGUCAUCACAGUGUGUGCCAGUAACCUGUUUAAACAGCUCACUCCUCUCAUUCGCAGUGAUGCACUGGACACCAGAGAGACCAUCGUCAAUGGACUGGGGAGAUGCAACCCAGACUCCUUCAGAGCCCUGGUGGAGGAGCUGGUACCAUACAUUAAGGAAGCCAUUGACAGGAAGCAGGAGAAAGUUGCCAGGAGGAAGAAAAGAGACGCUCUUCGAGUUCUGCUGGUCAGAAUAUUUAAACUGCUGGCAGAGAACAAGACAUUUGCUCACAGCAAUACCAAGGUGGUGGAUGCUGAGAGGCACACCCUGAGUCCCACCUUUGUGGAGUACAUAGAUGGCGCUAGGAUCUUCCUGGACAAUGAAGGGGACAGAGAACAGCCCAUGCUGCAGGAAAUCAGGGUGUACUUUGCUGGGUUUGUUACACAGCUGAUCAUACACACACCAGUGGAGUACAGAUACUGCCUGUUAUCGCGGGACCUCCGUUACAGCCUGUUCUUCUUGUUCGCUGGCUGGAGCGGCAGAUUUGGGACCAUGUUUGGAGCAGUAGAUAGGAGACAAGGUAAAGAUGAAGCCUGUACAGACUUUGAGUUGGCAGCUGUCCAUGCCAUGUCGGCCGUAGUGUGCUGUGGUCAAGUGUUUGACCCCUCUGGGCUUAACGAGGAUGGCUACCUGUAUAGCUGGUUAGAUGUCCUUCUGGGGACACAUGAUGAAAAA